AUGUUACAACAGACAUGGGAAUUUUUAUUCUUAGAAACUUUUUUAAAGUGUGACAGUGAAGUGCAAUGCAAUGUGUCAGUGCUAAAAAUUAAUGCCAUACAUCACCAUUGUUUGCAAAAUCCAAGGAUGACUAAAAAUUGCUCUAGUUCCGCUUACAGUAAAGUGCUUUAUCCAACUAACUGUACUUUAUGGAGGAGGGAAGGAGGAAAUGCCUUUCAAAUGCUUUCGUUGAUUCUAAUUCUUAUCCAAUGCAUACUUCUUCCAGUUAUUAAGAGUAAAUCGUACAUACUUCACUAUGAAUUUACCGAUUUUAUGGAUAUCCCCUGCGUAGUCGUUGAAGUCUCAUGUAACUCAUCCUUCUCCAUAAUCAAAAAUGACGAAAAUGUCUCCUUUGCCUUUGAUUAUACGCAUAAUGGAAGUGGUAGUUGUAGUCUUCGAAGCGGAAGUUUUGUAAAUAUGCGCCUUCAAAAGGGAUAUAUAGUUCAUUGGUUCUGGUUCUUUACACCGGAGCCUUUUAUGGAAAUGUUUGGACAAGGAUUCAAUACAGUUGGUGCAGAAGAAUAUCUUCUACACGGGACCUAUGCCCUCACAAAUCUGUCCGUCUUCAAUGAGUUUACAAACGAAACAUACUGUGCAAAUGUAACUGCCUUGCCAGGUAUGUUGUGCAAUUACGGAUUUUACGCGUUAAAUAUAUUACAACGAAAUCUUUGUCUAGAAACAUCAUCUGCCAUAGUCAUAAAUUAUUUCUUUUCAGCUAGGAAUGUUCCACUUACUAGUAUACUUUCAUGUGACUUUUUUUCAAUUUUCAAGAUUUUUGGAAACUUAGUUUUCAAAAUGGAUAAAUUCAAAUUCAGACAUAUUGGUCCGUCUAAUCUUUUACUAUAA